AAGAUUCUAUUCUCCACGAAUCAUCAUCUGAUAUUUCUUCCAAUAUUCAUACAUACUCGUCCGAGCCUAAAUCGUCGGAAAAUAAAGAGAUCGAUGAAUUCCUGGAUUUGAAAAGUAAGGAAGGAGUUAGUAGCGAGAUAAAGCAACGCAAUAGGGAGAAGAAGCUUCAACGUGAAUCAGCUGAAGACCAAUCCCUAAACUUAAUUUCAGAUACUUCUAUCUCUCCCGAGCAAAAUCAUGUAAGCGGAAAAGAAAAAUGCCAAGAAAUUUCCGUCACGAACUUACGUGACGAUCGACAAGAAAAAUGCCAAGAAAUUUCUGUCACUGAUGAUCGGCAAAAUGAAACUAUGGAACCCGAUGAAAUUGAACCCACUAAAAGUCAGUAUAUAGAACAAGGAUUAAUAAAAGAAUUACUCAGUGACAUCUCCAUCAUAUCGUCAGUUAUAAUCCCAGAAUAUCGACCAUUUCAAAUCACAACACAAAGCUUAACAUCAUAUACCUCUAAUUCGAGAGAUGAGAUAAGCGAGAAAGUCAAGUCUUUACCGGAAACUGCAAAACUCAGAUAA